AUGGUCGCUGUGUCUCCACCCCCGCUUCGACCGCGGGGCCUCUCCUGCGACCGCUGCCGCUCGUCUCCCCAUUGCGACGGCCCCCACGUGGGUGGCCCCACGCAUCGACGACUGGCCACGCUGUCAAACGCCACGCUAUCGACCGCCACGCGUCGACCGCCAGCCACGCUUCAACGGCCCCACGUGUGGGUGGCCCCACGCGUCGACGACCGCCACGUGGGUGCCCCGCACGCCUCCGACGAACGCCACGUGGGUGGCCCCCACGCUCUCCGACGACGCCCCGUGGGUGCCCCGCGCUUCAACGACGCCCCGUGGGUGGCCACCGAACGCAUCAGACGACGCCACGCGUGGAGCCUCACCGCUCAAAAACGGGCCACGGUGGGGUGGACCCCAUGCUUCGAACGACGCCACGUGGGUGGCCCCACGCUCUCGACGACGCCACGGGUGACGCCCACGUGGGUGUGCCCCACGCUUCGACGACGCGCGACGUGGGGGCGCCACCACGCUUUUGACGACGCGACCAGCUGCAGCCCAGGGGUCUCUCUCAGCAGCACGGGCCACUCCGACAGAGGACAUGACAGGACAGGGAGAUGGAAGAGGAAGGGGAAGAAGGGAAGAAGAGGAAAGAAGAAGGAAGAGGAGGAAGAAGAAGAAGGGGAAGAAGAAGAGGAAGAAGGGGAAGAAGAGGAAGAAGGGGAAGAAGAGGAAGAAGGGGAAGAAGGGGAAGAAGGGGAAGAAGAGGAAGAAGGGGAAGAAGGGGAAGAAGAGGAAAAAGGGGAAGAAGAGGAAGAAGGGGAAGAACAGGAAGAGGAAGAAGGGGAAGAAGAGGAAAAAGGGGAAGAAGAGGAAAAAGGGGAAGAAGGGGAAGAAGAGGAAGAAGGGGAAGAAGAGGAAGAAGGGGAAGAAGAGGAAGAAGAGGAAGAAGAGGAAGAAGAGGCAGAAGGGGAAGAAGAGGAAGAAGGGGAAGAAGAGGAAAAAGGGGAAGAAGAGGAAGAAGAGGAAGAAGGGGAAGAAGAGGAAGAAGGGGAAGAAGGGGAAGAAGAGGAAGAAGGGGAAGAAGAGGAAGAAGGGGAAGAAGAGGAAGUAGGGAAGAAGGGGAAGAAGGGGAAGAAGAGGAAGAAGGGGAAGAAGAGGAAGAAGGGGAAGAAGGGGAAGAAGAGGAAGAAGGGGAAGAAGAGGAAGAAGGGGAAGAAGGGGAAGAAGAGGAAGAAGGGGAAGAACAGGAAGAGGAAGAAGGGGAAGAAGAGGAAGAAGGGGAAGAAGAGGAAGAAGGGGAAGAAGAGGAAAAAAGGGAAGAAGAGGAAGAAGGGGAAGAAGAGGAAAAAGGGGAAGAAGAGGAAGAAUAGGAAGAAGGGGAAGAAGAGGAAGAAGGGGAAGAACAGGAAGAGGAAGAAGAGGAAGAAGGGGAAGAAGGGGAAGAAGAGAAAUAAGAAGUGA